AUGUCUAUCAGAGGAUGUUGUGCCAAGUUUUCGCGAUAUAUUUUGAUUAUUCUGAAUGCACUCCUGACGCUUUUUGGGUUGGCAUUGAUCGCGUUGGCUUUGUGGGUUAGAUUCGAUGUCAAUUUCGAAAAGGAUUUGAGGAUUAACAUACUGAAUAGUACGCCCAACCCUCCGGAAAUGUACAAAACUAAGAGUACUAUCAGAGAGAGCGUAGGUUUAUCUUUAAAAUAUUCAACUUUUUUUUUCAUUUUUUAGUAAUAAGUUUUAAAAAAUAAAAAAAAUAAAUCAUAUUAGCCUAACACUAAGAUACAGGCGACAAUAACAAUAUGGACAUUAGUUGGUUGGGCCGUGAUCAUUAUCCUAACUGGUUUAUGGGGUAUCUUGUGUGGAGUACUGUACAAACGACCGAUGACAAUGUCUUUCAUUGUGGUAAAGCUAGUACUCAUUGUCGCUGAAAUUGGAGUAGGCGUUUUGACUUUUAUUUUUAAACCAAGUGUAAGUUAGUUUAGAUAGAAGUGAUUCCUGGCAGCGAGGCCAGGUAGGGCGCUACAUGAGUUAUGAUUAAUUUCAUAAUAGGUAGUGUCUUUAACAUCAAUAAGAUGUCAAAGAUAACUGUAAUGUGUUAUCAAUAGCUUUAACUAUAAUUCCAGAUCAAAAGCUUAAUCGAAGACUACGUACGAUGGGCUUUUUCAUUUGCUACGACAGAUACCAAGACGUUGGUUGAAAGAGUAAGAUGUUUUUGAUAUUAGGUUGUUCAAAAAAUUUUGUGCUCUCUCAAAGCUAAAUUUUUGGAGUUAGAGGCACAAAAUUAUUUGAACAAUGUAAUAUGUGUUAAAUAAUGUCGGUUAAUUUAGUUCAAUUGCUGUGGAGACAACACUGACAACAUUUACAAUGUGGCGUACUGUUCCAAAGCGACUUAUACUCAGGUAAAUGAUUUUUGAACAAAACAUGCAAUGUAAUCAUAGUUUUACUAUAAUAUCUUAUAGUUAUUAAAGGACCACAAACGCUAGUCAGUUUUGUUGGCAUUCUGUUUCAAGAUAAAGAUUGGCUAAAAUUAAAAAUCCGAGAUAUAACGUACGACCUUCUUGGCCAAUAACUUCAAUUAAUCAAAUAGCUUAAUUAUAAUUUCAGUCCGAGAACUGCACGGAUCUUGUUUGGUCCAAAUUUGAAUUCGUAAUGUUGGUCGCUGGCCUUGUCCUCAUCGGCGUUCUCUUAGUCCAGGCUUUGGCUGUCAUUGUGGGCUUCUUUGUGUUAUGUACUUUUAGAAAAUUGCGGUGA